AUGGUUCGUAAAAAAUCAACAGCAACUAAAGCAAGAACACGUAAAAGAGCUUAUGAACGAAAAAAAACUCAAGAUCAUGUUAGUCGUUCAUGGCGCAAAUUACUUUUAAUUGUAACAGCUGUUAAUAAAUUUUUACGUUUUAGACGUUGUGAUAUUGCACUUGCUUGUUCAACGUCUGAUUUAAAUACUUCACAAUCAAAUAAAAUAUUUUUGAAUAAUGUUAGUUUUGUUCAGAAAGAUAUAGAAUCUACAUAUGUCAAUAAAACUGAUGCUACGAAUCAUUUAGAAGAUUUGAAUGUUGCUCAGGCCACUAUAAAAACUCUGAUUUCAAAAGUUUGUCGACUAGAUUAUCAACGAAAACGACAACUAGAAAUUAGAAAAAAAAAAAAAUUAUCAAAUACUACUAUCCGUAAGAAAGCAACAGUUUUAAAAUCUACUAGGCAGUCAUCUUGGUUUCAUAAGAAAUAUUCACAGGAUAAUUUAUUUCGUAAAAGAGAAAGUGAACGUGUAACUGUAAUAUUCCAAAAAAAAUAUACGAAUAACAGUAAUUUUCGUGAGAAAGAAAAAACUCGAUCAAGAACACAUGGUUUAGAAAAAUAUCGAAAAUAUGUUUCAUUUCGUCAAGAAAAAAAACAGCGAUCGAAAACUUAUAUUUUAAAU